AUGGCCCGAGAUAAGACACAAUACACGCUCAGCAUAGACGCUCAACCUACAGACAUGGAUACCACGCAUAACACACCAGACAUUGAGAUACCUCUCGCACCACCCUCAUCACCAGAUUUGACCCCUAGACAAUCACUACUCGCAAAGUCUCCGUCUAUAUGGCAUCUCUCGAGUUUAGAAAGCAUUUUGGAAUACAAAGAAGCUCUUAAGCAGGAGAAGAAGGCUGGCUUGUCGGUGACCGUUUCGGAGGUCAGCUCGUCGUACGCUGCCAGUAUCAAAGACCACCGAGGGUUUCGGUCACUCGCCGCCGAAUGCGCGUUUGUCUUUUCGAUGGCGUUGUCGCAGCUCAUCGCAUUCACGAACGGCGAGACUUCAGAUUUCUGGCCAGCGACUGUUCUGUCGCUGCUGCUUGGCUCUACCCUGUGCUUUACUGCACGUCUAUCAGAUAAGUACGGCGGCUAUCCCGUCUUCAUGAUUGCCAUACUAUGGCUUUGUAUUUGGUCGGUCGUUGCUGGGUUCAGUAACAGUCUACUUCUCAUGAACAUCUGUCGAGCCAUGCAGGGCUUGGCCAUCGCCGCCUAUACACCAAGCAGCUUUGCUUUGUUCGGUGCCAUCUACCCAAACGGUCCUCGUAAGACUUUUAUCAUGGGCAUCUACGCAGCCUGUUCACCUCUUGGUUUUUUUGUUGGCAUCAUGGCCGCUGCUGUACUCCCAACAGAGCAUUGGAACUGGUGGUUCUGGAUUGCGGCCAUCAUGGCGUUCGUGGCUUUGGUCGCUGCUUACCUCUCAGUACCCUCGGACCGUCCGGAAAGGCAAGAACUCAACCUCACCAUGGAUUGGCGUGGCGCUGCCUCCAUCACUUCCGGCUUGAUUCUUGUUGCUUAUGCCCUGGCUGCUAGUUCUAACUCGCCAAGAUCCUGGCUCACUGCCGGUGUUUUGGCACCUUUCAUCAUCGGCCUUGUAUGUCUAGCAGUUGCGCUCUACAUCGAGGGCUGGGUUGCUACAUGUCCAUUAUUGCCAAAAGACUUCUUUGCACGCAAGUCCGUCAAGCCGCUCCUCAUGGCAUGUGUGUUCUUCUACGGCAGUUUUGGUUCAUGGCUCUUUACUGCCACUAGCCAUCUUGAUCUGGCAUAUGGUGUUACUGGUGUUCAACUGGCACUCUGGUUCGCACCAAUGGCUCUCGGCGGCAUAGUCUGCGGCAUCGUCACCAGCAUGGUCAUACACAGAAUUCCUCCGAUCUGUACCAUGCUCAUCUCGAGUGCGGCUUGGGUAGCAGCCCCACUACUACUGGCUCUCGGUAACAAUUCUAUGGGAUACUGGCCCUUUGUGUUUCCAGCCAUGGUCUGCUGUACAGUAGGCAUCGACGUCACUUACAAUUUUACCAAUAUCGUCUUGUGCAGCUUGGCUCCUCUGAAACAGCAGGCUCUCGCUGGGGCUGUCAACAGCACAACUGUCAAUCUUGGUAUUGCUUUCUCGCUUGCCAUCACACAAAUCGUGCAGAGCAUGACAGAAGGCCAGAAUCCUACUCUUGAUGACCGUCUCCGCGGACACCGCAACUGCUUUUUGUUUUCUGCUGCUAGUGCCGCAGUCGGAUUUGCGAUCACGGCUACUUGCGUUCGAGUUUCGAUGAAGUGUGUUCAAGGAAAGAAGGACGAUGACGAGGAAAAGUCAGAGACAGUUUAG